AUGGUUGUCAUUCUACUUCUCGUGCCAUCCUCAACUUCCGCGUCGCUCACAACAUCAACAUUCACAACAUCUCUUUCAUCAACGCCUGCGAAAUAUAAUUUAACUAAUAGUUCGACUUCAACUCGGCCUCCACUGUCAACCAAUUAUGGACCGAGUUCAUUUAACCAUCAAUCGAAGUUUAAGAAAACGCCGGAUGCAAAUAAAAACUACUGCAGAGAAUAUGUUAAUCAUGUAACGCGAAUAAAUUUUUCUACUGAUUAUCCACAGAUUGAAGGCGCCGGUGACGAACCUGAAGCUGUCGUUAAAGAAGAAGAAAUAGUAACAAAGCGUAAAACUGAAUUGACAACAACAAAACAAAUCGAAACAAGAGUCAAACGACAAGUUAAAUUUGAAGAUGGCAAAGUUAUUGAAGACACUGGACCAAUUGUGUCAACAGCGACGACGGAAGACACGGAUAAAGUUGAAUCUGAAGAAACAGAGCGAAAAACACUCGGUGAACCCACUGAUGUUGUUGACGGCCCAGCUGCUUUACAAUUCAACAAAAAUGCACUCAGCUUUGAUUCUAGUCCAAAACAUCUUCAAACAACAAAUCUUGUUAUGGGAGCAAGAGACGACGGUCUUGUCCGUGAAGAGAAAGAAAAUCGUGUCGUGUCGCGUGACGACACAACAGAACUAACUGAAGUCGAAGACAUUAAACAUUUCGGUGACUUCUCAGAUGCGGUGAGUUUUUAA